AUGUCUGUCUCAUCAAAAGAAAACUCCAUAAAAGUCUCUAUUUCUGUACCAGAACCAACCGCGAGCCAAGAAAAGAGAGGCCCUGAGCCUACUUCUUACUUUUGCGGGGAAAACGGUUCAAAUUCAAACCUUUCAUUUACUGCUGCCAGCCAUCAUCAACAUCAUCAUCAUCACAAUCUCCAUUCCACUAUAAGCAAUGUAGACUAUGGUGCUGCAGAAACAAUGCUCAUGGAAGGCGAAGACCUUAGCGGACGGAAAAGUCCUGCAUCUAGCAGCAUACGUCGUAGUCGAGAAGACGUUGAGGCACACGGUACAGGAGCUGCUGAUCUGACUGAAAAAGAGCCCGAACUCGAGUUUGAUCGAGGAUAUGCAUGGGUCGUGCUUAUUGCUGGAACAAUGAUAAACGCUUUUAGUUGGGGUGCAUCUGGAGCGUUUGGUGUUUUCCUGGCCACCUUCUUAGACACUAACAAGUACCCUGGAGCAACACGCAUGGAUUUUGCGUUUGUAGGUGGUCUACAGUUUGGUCUUGGGUUAAUGGUAUCACCGUUUGUUGUACAAGCCAUUCAAAAGAUUUCCUUUCCAAUUUUCAUCAUUGCCGGAUCAUUUGUACUGGCUGCCGGAAACAUUGCAGCAUCGUUCGCAACACGCAUCUGGCAUCUGUAUUUGACACAAGGCUUGCUAAGUGGUGUAGGGAUCGGAAUGGUCUUUGUGACAGCCAACGCAGCAGUGCCCAUGUGGUUUGUAAAUCGUCGGGGCAUCGCAUAUGGCAUCUUUACUUGUGGCGCGGGGCUCGGAAGCAUCAUCUUCAGUUUAUCAGUACAGUCGCUGAUUGAUCGGGUGGGGCUUGCAUGGGCUCAGCGAUACGUAGGGUUUAUGACAUUUGGAUUCUGCAUUCUUUCAGGUAUUUUUAUCAAAGAACGUCGGAGUGUUUACAAGAGCAGAGGAGCCAAUGCAUACAACUUUGCUCUGUUGAAACGACCAGAUAUCUUGCUGGCCAUUUUUUGGGGCAUUAUCACAAUGCUGUGUUAUGGGAUUGUUUUAUAUACGAUGGCGCCAUAUGCCGUGAGUGUUGGUUUAACACAUCAUCAAGGCUCGGUACUUUCAUCAGUGGUCAGUGCGGGUAUAGUUAUUGGUCGGCCCGUUAUGGGUCACUUUGCAGAUAAGAUUGGAAGUCUUAACAUUGCUUUAGUAACAACGCUGCUGAGCACUGUUUUCAUUUUAGCAUGGUGGAUUCCAAGCAAAAGCUACGGUUCACUUAUUGCAUUGUCCUUUUGUCUGGGGAGCGUUGUGAGUUCCUUUUCAGCUGGGUUCCCGCCAAUAUGUGCAUCGCUGGUCGAUCUGGAAGACUUGAGUGCAAUGAUGUCUAUGAGUUGGACCGUUAUUGGAGCCCUCAAUAUCUUUUCAACACCUGUGGCAAUUGGCUUAACGACUGUCAAUGACACAUACUUGUAUUCUCAAAUCUUUACAGGACUAUUGUUUUUUGUUUCGUCAUUGAUUCUAGUGGUUAUUAGAGGAAUCGAGUUUAGGAUGCAAGAGCAGGAAAGUGAUGAAGUAACAGAUCAAACAGUUUGUUCGUCUAAAAGUUGUACAGAAGAAGGAUGUACUGGGUUAAAAGAAACCAAGCCAAAGUCAUUUAUCGCAUUAAUGUUUAAAGUUGCAAAAGUUUAG